AGUACACUGAUUACAGCUGGAAGAUGUUUGCUUUGGGCUCUGAUUACCCCUUACCCUCUGCAUUCUACAUUUCUCAUUAUUAAAAAAAAAAACAAAAAACAGAAAUAGUUGCCAGCACUUCGACACUAAAGAGGAUUUUUGGCAUCCUUUGUCUUGUUCACCUUCUUAAAGGAAGGCAGCAUUGUUUUCAGUGAAGCGGAGAGCAGGGAACAAGCAUUUAGCACUUGUCAACAAUGGUACGAAGCUGGGACGGCUUGGUGUAUGAGAACUGAUGUGUGGGGGACAUCAAAGAGAUAUGCUUGUUUCAGUUAACAUUUUUUUUAGUUGCUAGCAAAAAGGAAUAAACACUCUGUAGAAGUCUCUGUUUUCAGUUUUUGGCAUUCUGCAGAACAGCUCCAUGAUGAUUUUUUCUUUUGUGUAAAAACAAUUGUUAAAGAGACAGAGCCUUUCCUUGCUUUUGUGGUAUCCAUUGCCUUUCUACAUUUUGCUUUUUAGGUAGGUAAUCUGCGAACAUGCAGCAGUUAACUGCUGAUUGCUAUUGCAAUGACAGGGCACUUGUACAGGGAUUAUUUUAACUGAAGAAUGCACCUUUUCAAUCCGUGUGCAGAAAUGCUGCAGAGGGGAACACCACAGAGGAAAACUGUUUAUCGUAUCUCCUUGACUUUGGUGAAGAAGGAGCCGUUGUCGGAGGGCAGCAGUGAUGGUUCCAGGGUGGAGGUACCCAAAUGUCAUGGUUCUCAGCCAGAGAGGUUAAACUUGUCGAGAACAUGUUUAAUGGAAUGUAGAGAGGAUGUAGAAGAGGAGGACGAGGAGUUUGCAGUUCCUGCUGGUUUCAGGAGCUACCGAACAUUUAGUACAGGACACCUUGAUCUGGGCAGGUUAAAAAUCUCUAGGACAAUACACAAUUUCCCCAAAGACCUCACAUUUGGAUUGAAAGGAAUGGGAGCUGAGGACGAAGGUGGAUAUAAACCAAGAAAGAAGGAUGGAUCUUCAGGGAGACCUGCCAGUAUGAUGGCUUCUGUUAGCGUUGAUUUAGAAAACAAAAGAAACAUUUCAAACUGUACGAGAUCCCCCGUGUUUGAAGCUAGUCAAGGGGAUCCAUUUGUUGGCAGUGGUGUGCAUAAGACAAGUAUGCAAGAAGAAAGUGAGAGAUUUGCUCAUGUGGGAAGUGAUGAAGAAGAGUCUUGCACAACCUGCAGUUUAAAUGAUAUUUCGCUGUUCAACACAGCCAGUGAUCUGGCAGAUGAUCACAAAUCACAAGACACAGAAAAAUGGACCCAAGUGCCCAGUUUUAAACAGGAGGCAUCAGCAAGUGUAUGUCAUUGGCAAAGUGAAGAGACUUGUUUUCAGCCAUGUGAUGUUUUGGGAUCCAGUAUUGUGGAUAAAGAUGGUUCUAAACAGGUAAUGCCUGUCUCUUCCACAGAAAAGAGACAUCCCAGCUUGAUGCGGAGAAGUUUUAGCUUCAGGCAGUGGAAUGGAGAGCUGAUGAAGCUUCGAGCUUUGACCAAGGAGAAGUUACACAGCAGUUCCAGUUGUCUUACUCAGGUGAAUAACAGGAGUGAGCUGAAAGACCAGAUUGCACCUGCUCAAUUUUCUGACACAUUCAGCACUGAGAAAAGGAAUACACUGGAUGUUGGUGAAGUCCUUAAAAAAACAGAUUCCUUGUCGGAUCUACAGCGUUGGGAACGAAGUAAGGGUAAAAACAGAACUUUGGAUAACAGUGAUAUUCACAAACUUUCAGAAAACGUGGAAAAAGGAAAAGAUAAUUUUUUUCGUGGUGGUUUUCGAUCUAGUGGGCAUGAGCACAAAUUGAUGAGAUUUUUCAGUGGAAUAUUUUCUAAGAAGGAUAUCGGUUCACUUGUUUUUACAAGUCCAGGUGAGAAAUCUCCAAGGAAUAGCUUGUCUCGAUCUAGGGGAUACUUUAGCAGUCAGCUGAAGACAUCAGAACAUAUGCAGUCAAGCAGUGAAAGCGUCAGUGGAUCACCCCUCAGGAAUGCCUUUGUGAACAGCCAGGAAUGGACACUAAGUCGAUCAGUUCCAGAACUUAAAGUUGGUAUUGUGGGAAAUUUAGCUAGUGGGAAAUCGGCUCUAGUUCACAGAUACCUGACUGGGACGUAUGUCCAGGAGGAAUCCCCUGAAGACAUGGAUGCAGGUGGGAGAUUCAAGAAGGAAAUUGUGGUGGACGGACAAAGCUAUCUGCUGCUAAUCAGAGAUGAAGGGGGACCUCCUGAGGCACAGUUUUCCUUAUGGGUGGAUGCUGUUAUAUUUGUCUUCAGCUUAGAAGAUGAAAUCAGUUUCCAGACUGUAUACCACUACUAUAGUCGGAUGGCCAACAACCGCAACACUGCUGACAUUCCAAUGGUCUUAGUAGGAACCCAGGAUGCCAUCAGUUCUUCUAAUCCUCGUGUCAUUGAUGAUGCCCGAGCAAGGAAGUUGUCGAAUGACUUAAAACGUUGCACUUAUUAUGAGACCUGCGCCACAUACGGGUUGAAUGUAGAAAGGGUCUUCCAAGACAUUGCCCAGAAGAUUGUAGCAACAAGGAAAAAGCAACAGCUCUCCAUUGGUCCAUGCAAAUCACUACCAAAUUCUCCAAGCCACUCUUCUGUGUGCUCUGCACCAGUCACUACCGUACACAUCAGCCAGACGAGUAAUGGUGGGGGCAGUUUAAGUGACUAUUCUUCAUCAGUCCCAUCUACUCCUAGUACCAGUCAAAAGGAGCUACGAAUCGAUGUACCUGCUGCUGCUGUAAAUACACCAACGCCAGUUCGCAAACAGUCCAAACGACGCUCUAACCUCUUCACUUCUCGGAAAGGAAGUGAUCCAGACAAAGAGAAGAAGAGCCUGGAGAGCAGGGCAGAUAGCAUUGGUAGUGGCCGUGCAAUUCCAAUUAAACAGGGUAUGCUGCUGAAGAGAAGUGGGAAAUCAUUAAAUAAAGAAUGGAAGAAGAAAUAUGUUACGUUGUGUGACAAUGGUCUCCUCACGUAUCAUCCCAGUUUGCAUGACUACAUGCAGAAUGUUCAUGGGAAGGAAAUUGACCUGCUGAGAACUACUGUUAAAGUUCCAGGGAAGAGGCCUCCACGAGCCUUUCCAGCAAUUGCCAGUCCCAAAACCAAUGGUCUUUCUAAAGACAUGAGUAGCUUACAGAUUUCACCAAAUCCAGGGAAUGUGACUCCAAGUGCAUCUGCGUCACAGAUGGCUAGUGGAAAUAGCCUGGUGUCCUUUAGUAGUCGUACUGAUGGCAUGCACCAACGUUCAUAUUCUGUCUCUAGCGCUGAUCAGUGGAGUGAAGCUACAGUUAUUGCCAACUCUGGCAUCAGCAGUGAUACAGGUAUUGGUGACUCUGUGUGCUCCAGUCCCAGCAUCUCUAGCACUACCAGCCCCAAACUGGACCCACCUCCUUCCCCACAUGCUAACAGGAAAAAGCAUCGAAGGAAGAAAAGCACCAGCAAUUUCAAAGCCGAUGGCAUCUCAGGAACUGCUGAAGCCAAACGCAAAGCAUGGAAACUAAACCGUGUUGGUAGUCUGCGAAACAUUUACACGAGCAGCAACACCAACACUGAAGAACAAGAAGAAAAUUUUGAGUUCAUCAUUGUGUCGCUAACAGGCCAGACGUGGCACUUUGAAGCUACUACAUAUGAAGAAAGGGAUUCCUGGGUACAAGCAAUAGAAAGUCAAAUUUUGGCCAGUUUACAGUCUUGUGAAAGCAGCAAAAAUAAGUCUCGACAGACAAGCCAAAGUGAGGUCAUUGCACUACAGUCGAUACGAAACGUUAGAGGGAACUCGCUCUGUGCAGACUGUGAGGGACAAAACCCUGACUGGGCGAGUUUAAACCUUGGAGCUCUUAUCUGCAUUGAAUGCUCAGGUAUUCAUCGUAACCUUGGCACGCACCUCUCUCGUGUUCGCUCACUGGAUUUGGAUGACUGGUCAUUGGACCUCAUCAGGGUAAUGACAGCAAUUGGAAAUGAGGUAGCCAACAGUGUAUGGGAAGCAAACACUCAGGGUCGUGUCAAACCAUCUCCAGAUUGCACAAGGGAAGAGCGAGAGCGCUGGAUCCGCGCUAAAUAUGAGCAAAAGUUAUUCCUGCCACCACUGCCUUUCUUGGAACUUCCUUUAGGACACCAUCUUCUGAGAGCCACUGCUGAAGAAGACUUGAGGACAGUUAUAUUACUUCUAGCCUAUGGAAGCCGGGAAGAAGUAAAUGAGACUUGCGGAGAAGGUGAUGGCCGCACAUCUCUGCACUUGGCGUGUCGGAAAGGGAAUGUAGUUUUAACACAGCUCUUGAUAUGGUAUGGCGUGGAUGUUAUGGCUCGUGAUGCCCAUGGGAACACUGCUUUGGCCUAUGCUAGACAAGCUGCAAGUCAGGAAUGCAUCGACAUACUUCUGCAGUACGGCUGCCCUGAUGAACGCUUUGUUCUUAUGGCCACUCCAAAUCUAUCCAGGAAGAACAAUAAUAGAAACAACAGCAGUAACAGUGGAAGAAUGCCAACUAUUAUCUGAAUGUGAUUUGCUCAAGAUUUGAGCUUGUAUUUUUUUUAGUGUUGGCAGCCUUACUGGUGCACAAGCUACAUUUAUUUAUCUCUCUCCUUUUCACAGUUCAAGCCCAACAUUCUGUUACAAAUUUAUCAGAGUACAUCCUUUCUAGACAAUUUAAGAAGAUUUGAUUUGGAGGAUGUUGUCAUGAAACUGGUUAAAUUUCAGAACCAGAAGAAUGAAGAGUCUGAAAAACAAUGGAGGAGAGAGAGAAAGAGAAUGAGAGAGCAAGAUACACACGUACUCAUUAGCUAUUUGAGUUCAGCAUGUGACUGUGAGGCUAUUAAGUUUGGUUGCCUGACGACGAAGGCACUACACAGAAAGAAGGGGAGAAGGGUGAAUGUUAACUUUCCUUAGCUGGCAGUUAAGUAUGUCAGUACAUUUCACCUCUACCAAAUGGAACACUAGGAUUCAUCUCUCCUCCAAAGAGCCUGACGGCAUAAAUCAGCAGCAAGCACAGAGUUUGUCAGGUUUGAAGUUCCUAUGAUGGUAUGUGUCAAAUCAGUUGUAGCUAAUUUGUCCAGGGAGAAUACUGGCUUCAUUACACUUGUAUAGUUGAGUUCUCCCAGCAUUACUGCUGCUUAAUAGAACAUGAUUAGUCAUCACAGAGAAAAAAGCAUAUUAGCUGAGGAGGUAGUUACAUGGCACGGUUCGAUGAUUGCCUGGAUGUGACUGCAAUACUUUUGCAAGCUGCAUAUUAUCUUAGACAUGUUCUUUCAAGCCCAUGAGCCCUCCUUUCUAAAUUCCCUGUCAUAAUUUAGUAUCUGUUUAAUUUUUCAGUCCAAAGAGAGGAAUUGGUUUUCAAGUGUCAUUUGACGUUAGCAUUUUUAGUUGAAAGGAGGAAAUAGAAACACAAGAAUGCUAAGACAGUGUAUUAGGAGUAAUUCUUAAAGGCACAGUUGCAGCCCUCUAUUUUUGGGGUUAUGAAGAACAAAAAUAUAUUGACUUUUGCUAAUGACUUCAGCUGCUCUUGCCCAGGCUGUAAAUGUUGACCUACUCUGCUGAAUCUGAUUCAGAUAUUAUUUUCUUGGUUUUGUACCAUAGCGCCUAAUUAUACAAACUGCAUACAAAUUUGUAGCUACCACUUAAAAAUACAGAAACUACAUAAAGCCUCUUUUUGGCAUAUGCAGCUAAGAGCCCUAAACUGUCACUGAAAAUGAACUUUUACCUAAGUGGUUGAACAGGUAGCUGCCAUUUGUCAUUUGUGAUCAAGUCUGGCUCGGCAGUGUGUUUCUUUUUUUUUUAUUAUUUUUUUUUUUUUUAAUUAGCUUUUUAAAAUUCUCAUUUACUGUGUGCAGUCAUUAUUUUUUUCUGAGCAUGACUUGUACACAUGCAGAUCAAUGUGUGGCUGUGCACGAUUUCCUCAAAAAUCAGUUCAGUGCAAUACGUCUGACAUUAGUAUAAUUUAUUCUUCAUCCAUAUCAUUGGUGCCUGUUUCAUUACUUUGCCCCCCUUCUAAAGUUUUUCUUUUCUUAAACACAAAACCCAAGGCUGACUGGCAGGUUUACACCACUAUAAUACACAUAUUUUUACCAAAAUUUCAAAUUUUACUAAAUUAUUUUUUGUAUGUGAAGCACUUAAUACCUGGUUAGGGAGCUGACUUUCAUCUUCAGCAGAAGAUAGGAGGCAUGCAUUUUACAUAGGUUACAGCAUCUUCUGAGUGAACCAGGCACCAGAAUUCAUACUUUUGCUGUGGACAUGUUUAAACACUGAAUUGUAGACUACUACUUGUGUUUUCUGUCUUCUAUUCAUCAUAUCAGUGUUUAGCAUGAACCACCUUCAAGCAUUUAUGUGGUGAGAAUAAACAGCAAUAUUAUUUUUACAGAAACGUUGAAUUAACCUGCAAGAUCUUUCUUUCCCUGUAUUCAAGCAAGUGUGUCACUCUACGUAGAUCCAGUAGGUAAUCUUUGGGCUGCUGUUUUCUGACUGUAGAGAAUGCCCCUUGAACAACUUGGUUGCCUUAAGAUAAUUUUUUUUAAAGCUGUAGAUGAAAAAGGACCCCCGAUUAUCACGUAAUGUUACAAAAGACAAGACUGUAGCAGCACUGAACUAGUUCAUUACACCUUUCUGAAGGCUUCCUAGUGAAAUAUUGGCAUUCAUAAUGCCAAGUGCAGACAGAUUGAAAAAAGGAAUCUGCAGGAGAAGAGCAAAUCUUGCACAUUAUUCUACUUUAAACUUGUUUUUUAUGCAGUGGGCAAGCCCCCCCCCCCCCAUACCCCACAAAUUUAUAUAUAUACCAACUCUGAGAUCAUCAUAACCCAGCUUGGACUUAGUAUGUACAAGUCCAUUUCUUUGGAUGUUCAUUCUCUGCUCUUCAGGACUCGCUCAUCUGGGUCCCAACAUUUCAAAUGACUACCUUUCUGAAGGCAGUUGUUCCCCUUACUACACUGUGCAUAUAUUUUUUUAAUUUAUUGAUUGCAGCAAUAUUUUCUAAUACUGAUAAUUUUGUAGUUUUCAAUCAACAGUCCCUGUUUAAAUAUUUAGAAGCAGUUAGUAUAUUCUUAAUAUUUGUGGUAUAUUUCUCUUUCAAAGAUAGUUCCAUCCUUUUUAACCUUUGAUUUCAAAGCUUAUUGCUCUCAGAUGUAAUGCCCUUCAAACAAGAUUUCUUUACUGUAGAAAUAAGAAUAAGUCAAAAUAAGGGGAAAAGUUCAAGUGACAAGUUCUUGACUAAAAUUUAUGGCUUUUAGGCAUUUUGAACAAGUAGGCUGGUUUGUAGUUAAAUACUGUUUUAUAAUUGCUAGCUUCAUUGAUACGUUGUUAAUGAUGAUAUGUCCAUUACUGCUUCGCAGCGCACUGCCUUCACAUCAUCAUUCCAGUGGUUGGAACUAUGUAUGUGUAUUAAGAUUCGGUAAAAUCUAAGUGUGAUAUUAUUUGACUAUUUCCACUACUUAAAAGCACAUGUUGCAUGUGCAUAUCACACAAUGAUUUACAGAUUUUCCUUUUUUGAAAGCCAAUCAGACUUGUUUAAUCUGCUUUUUAUUUUAUUUUUUUUAUUUUUCUAUGUGUUGUAAUGUAUAGUCAAUGUCAAAUCUUCAAGAAAUAUUUGAACUGCUUCUUAAGUAAAUAUCUUUAUAUUACUACAUGUCAUUUUUAUACUGGAUCACUCCCUCCCUUUUCUUGGUGGUUUUCUGCUCUUUAUAAAUCUGGGAGAAGUGUUGUGUAUUGAAAUCUUUUCUUUAUUUUUUCUGCUAAAUCAGAAUGCCAGAAUCUAAAAACAUGCGUCAUUAUCUUGUAGUGGGUGAUCAAGAACAUAAUCAUUAUUAACCCUAAGUUAUUGAGUAGACACUUCUAAGAAAUUUCUUAUAUAUUUCAUGACAUUCUGAGUAGUGCAGUAUCCUUACUGAUUUUCCUCAUUUUUUCUUACCAGAGGCAGAAUAAAUUUUGCAGCUUUUUGUAAAUAUCUACUGUAAAUUCUAGUGUUGUGGUUUACCAGUGAUGUAUAUAAUUUGCAUUCAUCUGUGUUUCACGUUUUAUUUAUCUUAUGGUAUACGAAAUAGCUUUGAGCUUUAAUUUUUUUUUCUGGAGCAAAUUACCAUUUCAGGACUUUUGCAGUAGUAGGCAAGCUGCUGUGGGAAAUUUGACACAUCUUUGUUACCUUCAAAGUGACCUGUAUUUCAUGUGUAUUGGUACUGAUUUUUGUCUAUCCUUUCUUCCUCUGAUUUAUCUGCUGAACCGACUCUUUGAAUUGUCAUUUUUUUGAACAGGAGGUGUGGUUUAUUAAAUUCUUGUCAUCCAGAAUCCUUUCUUAAACAAUAAGUCUGGAAGUAUAACCUCCCUUGCAUGUCGACCAAAAUCAAAACUGAGUGGAAAACACAAUGUACAGCUGCGUAUGGUUUUCUGAAGUAAGUCUUGGCAAAAAGUCUCUUAGAAUUUGAAUUUUGCCAUUGGGUCAUUCGCUUUUAUCCCUUCCUAACAUUUUUCAGUGUUAAAUGUGAAAGCAAAGGGAAACAGUUCAGUUCUGAUAAAAUGAAACAAAUUUUUUUGUAUCUUUACUUUAUUUUGAAUCAUCUUGAUCAGAAACAAGCAUUUAUACAUAGAAAAUGUUAGACUUGUCUCCUUUUUCUGUAGAAUUAUGAGGUUUCUGUCCAUGAUUUUUAAUUGGCAAAACUGUCCUUCUUAUUUACUCAAGAUGAAUUCCAUGCUUUUAGACAUGAAAUUCUUUAUUUCUUUGAGGUGGUUACAUUUCUCUGAACCAUAAUAGGCUUCCCUUAGGAAUAUGUAUCUUUUUCACCACAAUAUCAUCUAACAUGUAAAUAUUAAAAAACCUGCAGACUUACUGCUGCCCUGAAACACUAGCAGUAUUCGAGAGUAUGUUUUUAGAUUAAAAACAUAGAACUUAAAUAUUUAUUUGAAAUGCUGCUGCAUUGCAUUUUAUUUUAUUAUAUGUUGUAAAUAAAAUUUGUAAAAAUAUUAAUAAUUUUCACAUGUUGAUAUUCUGUUGAUCUCCUACAUCUGUGAGUCAGUUAAGAAAGCAUCCUUCUUUUAUCAGUGUAUCAUUUGUGGUCUGUUUCUGUCUGCCUGUCUGUUAGAAAUUCUACCAGUUUAAAUAUUGAAUAAUGUUAAAAUGUAUAGGGAUGGAAAUUAUUAUAUAUUCUACUGUGUCCAACAGAGCAGUCUGGCAGUUUUGAUAUGAUAACAGGGAAAGUACAGGGAAAGCACUGUCCAUCUUUCUGGAAUGUGCUUGCUAUCUAACAUUGUUGCAUACUGAAGGGAACUGACUGCUGGAACAGUUCCUGUGGGUUCUAGUUGUUUCUGAGGGCUAGCUUUUAGUACUUUUAAGACAUAGUAGUGAAGUGCUUGGGCAGGGCAUAUCUGAGCUGAAUUAUGUCUGCAUUAACUCUUUUUCUGUAACAAAUUCUGAUAUUUGUCUGACAUGCAGUGAGUACUAAGUGGUUAAAAAUUAAGUAUACUUAGCUGUUAACAGUGAGUUAGCUAAAGCCUGUGGAACAUAAUAAUUAGAGCAAACAGCCUUCACACCUGGAUAUAUAUGUUUUAAGAUCAAGCACAAAGGGACCAGAUUAUGUUUACCAGUAGUGGACACACAAUGUAUAUGUUGCUGAGUAUGUGUGUGCAUUUGUAUUUACACAUGUAUAUAAAAACAAAAUCUUUUAGAACACAGUGUUGCUUGGGAGAAACACACCGUAUAGCCUUGCAUUGUUCGACACGUUGCUUGCACAUGUUGCUGUCCAUGAGAAUCGUCUAGAUAUUUUGUAAGACUGAACUGUACUUAAGGUUAUGUGAUUGUGCUCUGGUACAUGUACAGUUUGGGUGCCUGAAGGCAUUUGCCUUAGGGCAUCACAGUAAACCCAGAGCUUACAAGUUUGGGAGCACAAUGACACCUUAUUUGAUAAAUUAUUUUGUACAUAUAAAAUUAAGUCCCAUUAAAACACAUGUACUGAUAGCACAGAGCUUAUUAUAAAGUACUGUUAAAAUCAUUUAAGUGGUUUAUAAGUGACACUCCAUUUGUGUAUCAUAUUUAUUUUUCUUUCAAUACUCUAGCAUUGGUAUUUUCACUGGUCACUCUAUUUCAUUUAUUUGAAAAAAAUUUGGCAGCUGUCACUCAGUGGGGUUCAGUUCACAUAACACCCUGUUUUUUUAUUUGCAAUGGAGUAGUAUGCAUGUCCUCCCCAUCAUAUAAAUGCAUUAGUUGGAUUUAGUUUGGUUAAAAUGUGUUACAAAAAUAUGGUAAUAACUAUAUUAUAAUUGGUUUAAGAGAUCAUUUGGGUGUGUUUCAUGCUAAGUAAAAAUAUCACAUGUACCCUUCUAAACAAGGAUGGGGGCCUAAAGUUCAAGCUUAUACCUGAAGAAGUUUGUAGCACUAUGGGGAAGUGCAGAACUACUGCAAUUUUAAGUAUUUAUUUUACCUUUUAGUAGUCCUCCAGAAAAAAAAUGAGGCCAAGAGGAACGUAAUCUGCACAAAGUACCUAUAAUGUAUACAAGCUUCUUGGGUUAUCUGCACCUGACAUGCCCACCAUGGACUGUGCUACUGGAUAGUAAAUACAAGGGAUAUGUCUGACAUAGGUCACAAUUUACAGUUUUGUUUGUUGUGUAAAUAAUGUAAAAAAGAUAAUAAGGUAAUAUGAAUGUUCUAAGAUGAGUAGUUUUGUUUUUAUAUUACCUCAUUUGGCAAGUUCAUGUUUUACAAUGACUCAAUGCUUUAUUUAUAUUGUUUGUACUGUAAUAAAAGAGAAAUGAUACAUACAUUGGACUUUGCUUAUGUUUCCUCUUGCCCAUUUAUGAUGUAGUAUGACAGUUAGUCUUGCCUAUUUUGGAAGUGUGUGCGCGUAUGGAUGUGUGUCUGUGUAUUUGUAUGCAUCACCUGUAUAGUACUUGAAAUUGAAAUAAAUUGUAAUAAUUCAAGAAGAAUGGAAUUGUAAAAUGUGUCUUUUCAAUAAAGAAACCAUAUUUCCUCUUG